UGGAGGAGAGACGUGCUCUUCUGGGACACAUCAGUGGCUUUCCAGCUGAAGAUUACCAUUCAGUAGAGUUGCUAGGGCAGGAACUCUUUCCUUCGUCUCCAGCCAGUGAACGAGGGAGUGGCCGCAGCAAAAGAUGGCAACCAGUUUUCUUAUUCAACCCGUGUCUGCAACUUGUUCUCCUUAUUGGUCUUCGUCUGCAGCGGUCUAUGGAGCGUCAGCUCUAGCGGUGGGCUGGACUUUGAGCGGACCUCCAAGCGUUCUAAUUCGAAAGGCAGGGUUACAGUUGUUUGCGGUUGUUUGCCUCAUUUGUUGCACCAGUGCAUUGUUGUUUGCGGGUACUUGUGUCUCGUUCUGCAUUGGUGACACUUCUGGUGCUUGGCAAGUUUUAUUCAUUGGGUCAUUUACUUUAUUUGGAUUUGGUGCUGAUUUGGCCAUGAGAACAAUGGGAGAAAUGCUAGUGCAUUGGUUUCCUCGCCGAUCUGGUCUCUCAGGAGGUGUGUUUGGCAUGGGUAUUAGUGUCGGAUCAAUAGUAUUUGGCCUUGUUUUGCUUGGAUUCUCUCAGUUAGUUGAUUCAGAGAGGCUUGGGGCUAACACCAUGCUGUUUCUCACUGGUUUUAUUGUAUUUACAUUAAUGGUGCUGUGGAUACCAUUCCUGGAGUAUCCCCAUGGUGAUGUCUUUCCCAAGUUGCUUUCAUAUCAACAAGAUACUUAUGGCAGACUUAUCAGUCAGUUGGCAACUAAACAAAUGCUAAUAAUUUCAUUUGGAUUCGUUGCUAACGUGUUUACUGGGACAGCAGUCUUUUCUUCACUUGCCAGAAUUUUAUCUGCAUUGUGGAAGAGCAAAGAUCCUCCACUGAUGCUGCUAACAUUAGCUGUUUUUGGAUCAUAUACAAUAGGACGACUGACCUGCCUUUGUUUGGGCGACUUCAUUGGUCUAAAGAGAGCAUGGUGGAUUUCUUUAACAUCUCAAGCAUUGGUUUUGUUCGUAUUGCCAUGGCUAAUGGAAGGAGGUCCAGUUUGGACACAAUCUGCAGCUAUCGUGACAUUGUGCAUGUACAUGUUUGGAUACCCUGCCGUGAAAACACUUGAAGUCGGUCUUACUUACCAAAUAAUGGGAAAUAAGAUUGGGUGUACAGCAUGUGGCAUGCUCAGUGUAAUUGCUGGUCCAGCUGGUCUGUUAGGACCUAUUGCUAUCGAGCAGACUUACUCAGCUUUUGGCACCUAUAAACCUUUCUUUAUUGGAACUGCAGUAAUCUUGUUGCUAGCAUCUCUGUCUACAGCUUGUUUACAUUCUCUUGAAACAACAAGUAAUGCUCGUAGUUCUGGUAAGAAGUGAACUUAUUUGAACAUUUGAAGUAGUAAAUUUAGUGAUAAACAAUGUAUUCGGUAAUGUUUUUAGAGGUUAUUAGUGUUAGAAAACAGCAUACUGAUUCUUUCUAUACUGUUGGGUUGCUGUUCUGAAGGUUUCGAUCUGAUGGCUUGCUGUGCUAGAUAUUGUAAAGUAAACUCAUUGAACUAGUUUUAGCAGAUAUCGAGCAAUCAGCGAACUUGGCAACUCUGAGAUCAGUGAAGUUUACAACAUUUCUGGACUAGACGUUGUCUACUAACUUUCUGUUUUAGCCAGCAACUUUGAAGACGUACAAGCCAUUGUCUCAUGACACCUUUUAUCAUGGGCUGCAUGCUGACACUUAAUUAAUUGCAGCAAGUCUCAUGUUGUCUUCUGACAUUAGACGCUGUUGGUGCUGUCUCUCUUCUUUUAAAAGGCAAUUUUAUUGGUGUGGUAGACUGGUACAUAGAUUGGUGAGCAUGCGUACGUUGGGGUGUCAUAUACUUAGGUAAUUAGAUAAGUGACUG